GAACCUGGAAAAAUCUUCAAGAAUUUCGGGUUCAAGAUGUAUAUGUCAAUCUUAUUAUUACUUCAUCCAAUUAACAAGGUGAGUUGUCUGUCAAAAAUUUCAGAUUUCAUACUCUGUUGCGGCGUUUCACACAAGUAUCGGAGAGUGUCACGUCUGUACGCCGUAGCACCACACAACUUUCAACACCUUCAAACACUGCAGAUUUCUGUCUCUAUAAACAAAUAUUACCGGUCCCCCAGUUAUUCUGCAUCAAUUAUAAAUAAAUUAGUUAUUUACUAACCCGGCUUCAACUUCUAUCCAACCUUGGUCGGGGCCCUAAUUCUCUCUCUGCAGUUCCAGAAAAUUAUCCGGCACCCAGUACUAUGGGGUAAAAAUUAACGAGUCUCCCAUGGACUUGGUGUCUUCCACGGAGAAAGAAAAUACUUACAAUAUGGUGAAUCCUGUUGUUUUCCUCGAUGUUACCCUUGGUCGUAUGUAU